ACACUUACUUUUUAGGGUUUUAUAAGAACUAUAUUGCAUGGGAAGAGCUGCUUUUACCAAGGCUAUGGUUUUAAUGCUAAGGGAAGCUAAGCGAAGUGAGCGACCUUUGAGCAAAAUUGCAGGGGCCGACCGGGAGAUCAUUAACAAGUGCAACAGUAAAGACGGUGUCAAAGGUUCAUCGACCUGGGUUCCACAUCCAAAGAGUGGGAUAUACUUUCCUAAAGGCCAGGAAUGGGUGAUGGAGAUGUUCCGGAACGGGCGGCUUCUUUUGGCCGAAGUUUUUGGGUCAGAAGCACAGACGGUGUCGAUAAACCGGAGACUGGUGAAUUACCAUUUUACGAAGAUCACUAUUUCCAUGCAAAUAUGUAAUGAUCAAAUUAGUCAAUAAAAAGAGUGAGUUAGUAGGAGAUAAAGUAUUUUGGCCUCAGCAGCUGAAGUUA